UGUUUCCAGCUCCUCCGCCUUCCCUUCCCUGCCAUGAAGGAUCUGUUCACUUCCCAGAACCAAGCCUGCUGGCAGGAGCGCAUCUGGAAGGAGGCCGCUGCUCGAGUCUCCUGGAAGAUCAACUAUGGCCACAAGUACCUCAAGGAGAGGCCCCUGCCCAAGAAGCGGCUCCAGCGGGCCCCCUUCAGCUCAACCCUGGCAGUGGGGCCCUUGCCUGCCCCCAGCUCCCCUGACAGCAAGGACCAGACUGCCGGAGACCAAGGAGGUCCAGGAUCAGCUCUCCAGGAAAGUGGGGGUCCAGGGCCCCUGGCCCAGGGGAGACAGAGGCUGGGAGGCCUAAAGAGCAACUCAGAGUCAGCAGGCCAGGCCAAACCGAAAGACUUAGGGAUGAAGCAGGUACCCACAAGCACCCUGCAGCUCCUCUUCCAAGGCAUCUCCCAUGACGGCCAGGGCCGGGCCUUGUACCUCCGGGAGCGGCAUCAGCAGAAGCCAGAGGAGAAGUUUCAGUACCCGGUCUUGUCAUCCUGGGAGUAUGGCUGGCACGUGGGGGAUGCCAUGAAGGACACCAGGUCUUCAGUGUACGCCAGGUCCCAGCCCAUUACACAAACCUUUUAUGUUAAAAGUGGUGUCUUCCAUUUUCAACAGCGAAGAGACCAGCUAAUGUGAACUCACAAGGGAUUGAGAAGCGGCUCCUUCCUUUUCCCUUGGUCCAUCUGGAUCCUGGAGACGGGCAGUGCUGCCGGUGCCACCUCCCUGUUAUGUGUGGCCCCAUCUCUGCUGAGCAUGGAUGGGCAUGAGUGCUGCCACUGGGACUCAGGGAGGCCCACCUGCUGCCCCUUGACUGCCCUCAGUGACCUCACUCUUCACAGAGCAUCUGCCCACUACCCGCCACCAUCCCCAGCCUGUGCAACUCUCCUGGGGGAGAGAGUAGAAGCCCCAAGUGCUCUAGCUGCAGACCUGGGGCAGGGAGCACUCACUAUGUCUUUAAGGGGUUAAGAGGAUGGGGACUAUGUCCCUGUCCUCCCGAUCUCUGCACUCUGUCGAAGGGACCCACAACAGAACACAACGGUCCCGAUGUAUCCCACUUUCCAUGUUUACUCACUUCUUCUCUCAUCCCCAGGCCCUGCAUGGCUUAGGCUUGCCUCACUGCUUUAACAAACAAACAGCCCCUAA